CCCCGCGGCGAGGCGGGCGGCGGGGAGGUGCCGUGCGGGUCGGUCAGCGCGUCCCCUCCCCGGGCCGAGCUCCGAGUCCCCGGCCGCCGCCAUCGGGAAGUCGGGCCGCGCCGCUGCGGCCGUGGCGACGGACGUGAUGCUCACCUGUGUCUGCUGUUCCACACUGUCUUUCAAAACUGUGCCCCAAAGGGGAGGUGACCCUGGACAAGGCCCAGACCGACAUGAUGUGGACGUGGCUUUUGGAGUUCUCCUCCCGUGAAUAUACUUCUGAGGCCAUUGGAUCUUUGCCUGUGGUUGGAGUCUUUGUUGUCCUCCUUCCAGACCUCCUUCUCUCCAUCAACAGCAAGCUCUACUUUGAAAAGAAAGGUGGGUUCUCAUGCCUGGAACAACAAGGGAGAAGAAAACAUUACAGUCUAGAGCUCGUGAUGGCCUGGCUUUCUGAAUCGUAAGUGACAUGCUGGUGAAGCUGAACAGCUGAUCUCCAGAUACUGUCAUAGUAUUAACCAUGGCAUCUGAGGCUGUUCAGAGUUUCUUUCAGCCGCUCUCUUCUUGGUUGUCUCAAAUAUACGAAGCUAUCCAACAAGCAGGAGACUCCAUAUCUGCUUCACUGCUGAAUUUGAGUGGAGUCGGUCGUGAGUCAGAAGAAGAUAGAAACCGGGGCUUGGAGGGCAGUGGAGUAGCUUAUGAGGAUUAUUCUGUGGAAUCAGAAGAUGAAAGACGCAUAGACCUGUGGGAUGAGGAGUACACGUGCCCUAGAGAAGAUGGUCACAUUGCAGGUCAUGAUCUUGCUUCAAAGGCCCUCCCCUGUGGUUCUGACAUGAGUCUGCAGAGGCAAAAAUGGGUUAAAAAUACCACCAGCUUACCCCAGCAAUGUACUGAAAGCACUGGGCCUUUGGCUGCCGAUGGAUCACAUUGGAUGAACGAAGAUCUGCAGCCACUUCCUACUAUCUCUGAAGAUGAAAGUGAGCGCUCUGUGAGGAUGAGAGGUCAUGAUUACAGCAUCAGCGUGGGUAGCUCUUUAGAAAUUAAUAAAGACAAGGCAAGUUUUGCAGAUCUGGAUGGACUAAGCCAACUGAGUUACCAAGACAACCUGUCCUGUCAUGGAAAUGACCAUAUAUCUGUUGAUUCAAGAACAACGGAGUGCAUGAGUGCUGGGAAGCAUUCAGGGCCUAGGAUGGAGUUCAGCCAGCAAGCUGCAGAAGGAUGUUUGGAAUUGGAGGCAGCAUUUAACAACCAGGGAUUUGAAGGAAAUGAUGCUACUGACAGCUCAUCAGCUUGGAGCCCUGAGGAGGCUGAUGAGGUGAACAAUGAACCAGCUCAUCACAGUGCUCAUCAGCCCGUUUGUAAAUGCGGUGAUCUUGAUGUCAUUUUCAGUUAUAAAGCCUCAAGUCAAAAGCUCGUAGUUACUGUCCUGGAGGCCAGGGACAUCCCAGACAAAGACCGCAGUGGUGUGAACACUUGGCAAGUGCACACAGUAUUGAUGCCUAGCAAGAAACAGAGGGGUAAGACAAGUGUUCAGCGAGGACCCAUCCCCGUGUUCAAGGAUAAUAUCACCUUCAGUAAGCUGGAGCCACAUGAGUUAGGUGGCCAUGCUGUCCGUUUCCGCCUCUAUGCUGUGCACAAGGUGAUUGGAGAGAAGAUGAUGGGAGAGCAGUUGUUCUACCUGAGCAACAUCAGCCAGGAAGGGGAAGUGAAGGUGACGUUGGUCUUGGAGCCAAGGAGUAAUUUGACCAGUGCAGACUCUCAGCUUAGUCUGUCAGCAAUCUCUCACAGUGAUAGCGCUUCUUCAACACAGUCCCUGUCGCAUGGAGGGGUGCCAGAGCUGCUCGUGGGCUUGUCAUACAAUGCAACUACGGGGCGGCUGUCAGUGGAGAUGAUCAAAGGCAGUCAUUUCCGAAACCUCGCAAUUAAUAGGCCACCUGAUACCUAUGGGAAGCUUUGCCUGCUCAACUCUGUGGGCCAGGAGAUGUCUCGCUGCAAGACCUCCAUCCGUCGAGGGCAGCCCAAUCCUGUCUACAAGGAAACUUUCAUCUUCCAGGUUGCCCUCUUCCAGCUCUCUGAUGUCACGCUAAUGAUCUCCAUAUACAACAAACGCAGCAUGAAGCGCAAAGAGAUGAUCGGCUGGAUCUCCAUGGGGCAGAACAGCAGCGGAGAAGAAGAGCAAAGUCAUUGGCAGGAGAUGAAGGAGUCAAAGGGGCUGCAGGUCUGCAGGUGGCACACGUUGCUGGAGUCUUAAUGGUAACCAGGGCAGCCUGUGGAUCCCAGGACGAUGGGAUCAGCAGGAAGCAGCUGUCCCGUGGCAAGCACUGUGCUCUGAGAGGUCAUGCACUCUUUAACCUGACUUUUCAGUAUCAUCUGUCAGGCAUUAAAAGUGACAACACCUGGGAAGCUAAUUUAGUUCUUCUCUUUCCAGGUUGCCCUGCGUUUUCCACAUCCAAAUUAGUAACCCUAGCAAAAGCAAGGGCAAACCUACAAGAUCCUCCCUUUGCUCCUCAUCUAGCUUAUUUUAUCAUGUCUAAUCAUCACAGUUCGAUUUUGAUGCUAUGUUCUUCCGGAGUAAAUUCUCUGAUCCCUUCCUUAUUUAUAUUAACGAAGUUUGCAAAUAUUCUUGACACGCAGAUAGCUCACAGAUAGGAUAAACUGCAUGCAGAUCACAUUUUUUCUCUUUUAUUAUCUAAUUUUUUAAGUCCUAGAAAUGAACAUUUGGUACCAGUAUAGACUGGAUUUUUCAGGCAGCAUGGGAAAGCACUGUUGAAUUCUCUGUCACUUUGAAGUGCCUAGGCGUUAUUACUGUUUCUGAUACUGAUAGUGUUUAUUUGGACUUAAUACUGCCAGUACUCUUAAUCAGGCAUCCUGUGCACUUGUUAGCCUGUAUUGCCACAGAGAUUGCAUGAGGGAUAACUAAUAGUAGUUUUAUAUUGUGACUAUACAAUGCAUGUUUGGAUGCUUACUUGAAGUUCAAGGCUUCUGUCAUCAUGAAUACCAAAAAACAAAGACCAGAACAAGCUGCACGUCCACCUUUGUGCCUGAAUCACUCUUUUCUGCAUCACUGUUUUGAUCAUGUGUUAUUUUGUUCUGUAAAAGUGAGUUUCAUCAGAAAAGCAUUUCUGUGAGCAUUAUACAGAAAAGCUUUUGAGCCAUGAUUUCUCUGUUGUUCACUUAAGCACAACUCAAGUUUACUGAGGGCUCUUGUUCAAAUGGGCUAUCUGUAGUAUCUUUGGGGACUGGAAGGAGAACCAUUUUUGGCAUGUUGAGCAGUAGAGAACGGCAGACCAGGUCACUUCAUCUUUGGGACAGUCUCUCCUACAAGAACAGGUGAAAUAGGACCCAGGGGGCUGCUCCUGGAGGGGCAGCUUGCAGGGAGGAGGCUCGAUGGAUGAAGUGGUGUAGUUACUUUUUGUCCCGUUUUGUUAUUUUCCAUUUUAAUCAUUUUUCCCAUCUCCAUGAGUUGAAGGUGUAGAGUCAGUGGCUAGGGAAGAAGUCUUCAUCUGCUUGACUAUUGAACACUGAGCUGUAAUUAGCUGCUGGAAAGCUGCAUGUGACACAGCAGAGGAUGUGGAUUCUCUUGGGCAGUGAUGGUAUGUAGACAGAAAGGUGCCAAGAUAUUCACAUGCCAUCAGCUGCCUGAUUUUAAUUCCCUAAGCUCUUUAGAAGAGGAUGAGCGUUUCUUCAUCCCUUCUGAUGAUAGGAAGGAAAUAUUAUGCUGGAAAGGUUUCUCUCUUCUGAAUCAGCUCAUGUUUUGUUUUUGUCAUUUGCUAGUCUGGCACCAGAUUCCGUCUCUUGCACCACAGCUGUCUCCUUCCAUUCAGUGGUGCUGUGCAAGUUUCAGCACUGGCUGUUUAACCAAAAUUGAGCCUGAGUACUGGUUUGCAUCACACUCAGGCUAGUGAUCACCCACUGGGCAGUGGUGUGGUAAAUGCAGGUUCUCACUUGUGUGAUACACUCAGUCUUUGUCUGUCCUCACAUGGCAACCCAGCAAGCUAAUCUUACUAAAGAAGGAUUUCUGGUGUGGGUGAAACACCCCCUACAGAUUGUGGCUUUGUAUGUUCUUAACACUUACUUGCCUGGGCAUCAUUUUCCAGUGAGACUGGUGGCUGUCCUAUGCAGGAGGAUUGUCCUCCACUGCCUCGAUAAGCUGGCACAAUAUCUGCUCUGCACUACUGGGGCUUUGUAUCUCAAAUCAGGAUCUAACCAAAACACAACUGCAUUUUUGACUGCACUGUUAACUCUGCUGUGUUGCCAAUAGGAGAGAUAACAAGUAUCUGAGUAGUAAUAAGCAAACCAGUCUAAAUGUGGCUUUUUUUUUUACUGUAUGUUUUUCUUCUGGAAAAAGCACAUAAAACAGACCAAAUCUAAAGGUGCAUUCGCUGAUUUCAGUUGUUCUUCAAUCUCUGCAUUUUUUUCCUGAACUGCAUGGAAUGUAUAUUCAAGUGUUUAUAAGUAAUUUUAUUAUCUGAGAUGUGUAUAAUAAAGUUAUUCAUAUUCUCUUAGUAUCUUCUUGAACCUUUAAAGUGUUGCUUAUGCUUAAUUUAAUGAUUAGCUAAGGGAAAAGUAUAAAUUGGUAGUAUGUUUCACAAGUGAACUGGAGAUAACCCAGAUUUAUAAUUGUGUGAUUCAAAAGAAUUAUUGGAAGGGCUAGUUUUAAAAAGCAAUGAAGUGAACUAAUUUUGGGCUUGCAUGCUGUUUUUAUAUCUAGAUCUUUUCUGAAGAUACAGCACAAAUGAAAUUGAAUUUUAAAGUAUAUUUCCACUAUGGAAUGCUAAGAUGCAGAGGAAGGCAAGAGACAACAGCAUACAUAGAGUCUGUCCCUGUCUGAGCACAUGUUAAAACUUUGCUCUCAGAUGGAAGCAGCUUCCUGCAUCACUGCAAUAACAUUUUGGCCUGAUGUUUUACAAGAAAAAAUUGGAGGGAAGGAGAAAGGGAUGAGGUGAGGGGGAGCAUUGCUUGGAGCUGCUGCUAAAGCUUUUGUCACAUCCAUGCCUUGAGCAGUACAUCUGUGAAGUUCAUUAAAUUCCUACUGAAGCACAGAGGAAUUUAUGAAUCUUGGGAUGAACGGUGUUGGGGGUGCUCAUGUUUGCUAGCUGUAUUUCAGGAGUUUUGUUGGUUUUCUGGUUUGUUUUUCUGUACAGUAUUGACUGUCUGUGAAAUGAUGAGGCUUAGCUGCAGCUCUCCUUUAUUUCAGAGCUCCCAUAAUUCUUUUCAUAGACAGAUUGAAUUAGUUAUUGCUAACAUUGAUACAGGCUGGCCUUGUGCUCCUGGGCUUUCUCAUGUAAAUACCACUGCCCUUUCAGUCACUGCUAUAACCCCUCAUUUCCUUUAGAAGUGGCUGAGAAGUCUGAAUUUCCAGGCAUGCUUCCGUUCCUUGGAAAUUCUGCCUCGCACUUAGCUCUGCAUGGGUGAUGGCCAUUGGAGCUGGGCCCUGUGCCCCACUGGCCUCCAUCCCCAUGUGUGCUGUGCUGGGUCCCUGCUCCUGUGGGGCUCCAGGAGGAGAACAGGGCCAUGGGGUGAGCAGCUGACCUGCUUCAGGGAAUGCUUGGGCGCUUGCAUGGCCUGACUACACAGGUUUCCUAAUGCAUGUUUUCUGAGAUAAUUUAUCUCCUUUUGACACCACUGUCUGGAAUCCCCAAAGAGGUUAUUUGAAUUUUCUUCUCUAGGGGGAAGAAAGAAAAAAAGCUCCAAAACCACAGAACCAUUGUGUGGGAAGGAACUAACUGCACUGGCUUAAGCCCAGGAUGCUGUGGGCAAAGUGCUCUGGAUGCAUCUCUAUCUCAAGCAGCAUCGCUCAGCUAGCUGCAGUCUGUUCCUUUCUUGGUCUCUCUCCAGCAGCACAUCCCUGUCCCGCUAGGCCCUCUGCUGUUAUUUUAUUUCUAGUUUUUAAUGUGUAUUGACAACAGAACAGAAUGAUCUCACUGCGUUUGUAUUCUCUGCAGUGAAGCCGACUUUCAACUGAUGCCCACAGAACUGAGUACCUCUUUUAGCCCACUGUGCUGCAGUGAUAGCUGACUGACGUGCCUGUUUGUGAAGGCUUUCUCUGGACUGUCUGCAGCACGAUUUGGUUAGUUUGGGUUUCCUUUCUACCACUGGCUUUAAUUACUCAGGCUCUGCUGUGCAGUGCUCUGUCACAGGGUGAUGUGGCUGUGUGGUUCCUGGGGCAUGGAGGGCAAUGGGUGGAGGUAGGGAGCCUGCUUUGGCACGGGAUUGUACUGGAUGAUGCCCAGAGGUCCCUUCCAGCCCCUACGGUUCUGGGAUUGUAUGAGGUAAUUUGGUAUUUUUAGUGGCUGCAGAGCCUGUGAAGUUGCUUGGUGCUUUACAUAAUUGAUUGAUCUACAAGCAUGAAUGUCUUCAGAUGUUCUUAGACUUGCAGAACCGAAGGCCACCAGCUGCUAUCGAUCAUCUUUCCAGCACAAAGCCCAAGGUGGCUGCUUGGCAGAGGAGGCCUUUCGUCCUGUGGCCGCUCAUUUCUCCUUCAGCUAAAGCUGGCGCUGGCCUUGGAGCUCACGUGCCCACAGAGCUUCCUCACUCCUCUCUUUAUCAUCAUCUUUAAUCUGUAUGAUUGCCAUGCUUCACCUCUCUACCUCUCGUCUGCCUUUCACACAAAAUGGAGGCAUAAAGGCUGAGUGAGGUUGCGUGGCUGUGUCUUGAGGUUCUUGCCCCAAGGCCUCCAUGCUUGUGGAAUGGGAAUGGUGCUGGUUGGGUUGUGAUGCUUUAAUGUUUAGAAGGCUGUGACACCUGCUCAACCUUGACUGGACAGAGCUAAGGGUGGAAGGAACGGCCUUUUCUGUUCGGUUCCUCCUGGGUUUUUUUGUGUUCUGUAAAAGGAUGGCAGAGCCCGAAGAAAUUAGUAUGCAGGAGCAUCCGCUUUCCAUUUAAAAUGUACUGAGUGUGAUGUUUGCAACUAUGGUUUGAGGGGAAGAAAAAGCAGCCAGGGUUUGUAGAAGAGCUCGCUCUUUGAAGGAGGCAGGAUAUUCCCUGCAGCGAGAGCUACCCAGCAGAACGUUCUUGUACCUCAGGCAGUGAUGUUGGCAUCCAGCUGAUCUUCUUCAGUGAUAAAUGCAGCCAGAAGCUGACAGGUUUUGCAGUUUGGACAGAAACACAGGAUAACUAAUGUGGGCUUUUAUUGGGAACCUGAUGCAGAUCUAGCAGGUGGUUGUGCAAGGAAUGAAAGCCCCCAGUGGUGGUCAGGAUGGUGGUGGAGAGGAAAGGCUGAGUGCUCGUGUUUGCUGAGGUGUGGCUUUGCUGUUUUCCUUGUGUUCCACCUCAGUUCCUUAGUUCCAGUACUGCUGAAGGCAUACAGCACUUUCUUUUUUCCUACUUUUUUUUAGCUCUCCCCAGCAUGGAGUGAGCUCGUGCCUUCCCGCAGCCUACACUGUAGGUCUUAAGAAAUGGAUGUGUAAAUAUUUUGUCUCUCACGGCAGCCCAAGGUCAUCUUUCUGGAACAGCAAACAGGCACAGAAUCCAAAGAAGAUCAGUCCGUCAUGUGAGUAAGGUUAGCAUCUGCACUUACAAAUGACAAAGGCUAUUAAUCCUCAUGCUGUAAUCCCCAAGCUGUUUGCCAGCUGGCAGCAGGAAGAUGUUCCUGCUCAGCCCACACAGCUAUCCAUGUUUUUUCACCUUUAUGAAGCAGAUAUAGGUCAGUGCUGUAGCCUGGAAAGAGAACUCGAUAGGCACCAUUCAUCUUUUCUAGUGUUCCAAUCCCUCUCUUCUCCAUGCAAACUACCUGCCUGGAUUGGGGUGCAGAAGGAAUGCUGCAGGCUUCCCCCCCCUUAGAAUAGGAGGCUGAGGUCAUGUUAUUUCCCCUGUGCUCCUACAUGGGAGGAAGAAUCAGGGAAUACCCAGCAGUUGGGUACAGCAGUGUCAAUCAUCAUCUGGGGACUAGAGGGGAAUUCGGGUCCUGCCUGCCAUGGCACCCAACUGCAAUCCUGCUGCUGGAGAAGUGGGAGGAAGGCUGUCUGUUUUCCCCAUCUCAGUUGUUUUGUUAAUGCUUUGCAGGUGCUUAUGCUUCACACCAUCUCCCAUCGUUUCAUUAAUAUCUGCAGAGAUACCCUCCAAGUCAGGGCCAUGCCUGGCAGCAGUAUCUCCUGUUCAUGGUGCUCAGGACAAAAACUGUUCUCUGGUCUCUUGCUGUCACUGUGUGGCAUCUCAAGCACAGGGUUUCCAAUUAAACCAGUCCCACCUCCUUCCGCUGUGGGUUUUGUCUUGCUGGGCUCUGCUCUCUUCUGUGACACUUUCCCAGCAGAGUUUGGCCUUCUCUUUCUUAUGAAGAGUAAAUGAAGUAUUCAUGUGGUACACUUAGCACUUAUACACGUGUAUAUAGAAAUGUUUUUAGGUGUUGUGCCCCCAAGGCCUUUGCAUGCAGCACGGUUCGAUGUAUAUCUGACUGUUGAUUUAAGCAUAUCAUACUAAAUAAGUUGUUUUUUAGUGCACAUUGGCUUCUUUCCCUCCUGGAAUAAUGCACCAUUUCUGGCAGGGUCAGUUUCUAUGUCUUGCUGUUGCAUUUCCAGCUGGGCACGUUCUCCCACACAUCCCAGGACAUGGUAUAGCAUUUCAUGUCCACAGAGAGGCCUGUGGGGCUUGAAUUUCUUGUUCAGUUAUGAAUAUGUCUAUCGAAGGAGAAUUGUUCAUGCUCUGAAGGUUAUGCAAAACAAAUUCAUAUUCCCUUUUCACUUCUGUAAAGGUCCAAAGGUUGCACUGAAAAACUGUACCUUCUGUGUAGCUAAUAAAGGACUGGAACCGACUGGUGUGGACACCAACUGGAAUGGUAUCAGCAUCGCUUUGGUUGCUACGUGUGGUUGAAAGAGAGGAGCUGAAGUGCAAAACUGAUUUUAAAAAGGGAUGGAAAAUACGAUGAAAAGAUGUUUGGAUAUUCAACAGGAAGAGUGAUACGGAUUUAUUCUUAGCUUUUCAUGUACUUGACAAUGAAACAUUUUUAUUCUACUUAAGUGUUAACGUGCAUGAUCAUACAAUAUAUUGCCUCUCGCUAAUUAUAUGCUGUGUUAGGAAUGCUAAUGUCUCGAUGAUAUCUGACUGGGAAAAAAGAAAAAAAAAGCAUUAAACCCAGCUUCUGUAGAAUUCUGGGCUGAAAUUACCCCCCCACACACAUACAACCAUCCACACCUUAGAAACAGUCUUAUUUUGUUUCAGUGAGCAGGUUUUUAUCAAUAAAAUAGAAGCAGAUGGCUCAUGUAGACAUGCAAAACCAGCGUGUCUUCCUUUGUGUUCUCA